AGAGCCACCAUCUCACCCCGCGCCACAUAUAUACGGAUUCUACCCCGCCAGUCAUCAUUUGCAUUUACCCAAAGAAUCCUGCUUUCGCUCUCGAAUCGCAUGCUCAGUCCUCGAAACUCCGUUCUCUUUCUCGACCUUUCGGUUGCUGAACGGAAAGCUUGAGUGUGAAACAAACAAUUGCAUAUUUAAAAACACCCCGAGUCCGAAGUCGUCUCCAAGUCAGUCUGGAAGUUUAGACUUCCUGAAGUACAGAAUACGAGUCAGACUGGGUUCAGGACUCAGGUACCUGGAAGAAAUAUGAAAGCUCUCUCACUACUCAUCGUCUGGAGUUUCUUGUCGGUUAUUAUUGCUUCGUUAUUGUCGGCGCCGACUCCGGUUUUCACGGCUACGACUACUAUUUCUGCAUCGUCAUCAUCGAAGCCAUUCUUGGCUCGAAAAGAUUGGAGGAAUGGGAAUCCUCGGGAAGGAUUCCAAGUCUCUAAACCGAGCGAAACGAGUGGAGAAGAUCCGUUAAUCACAGUCGCGCCAAGUGCAGAAGAGAUUCGGCUUCAGGAAAAAUAUCAUCUGACUACUUAUUGGAGUUGUGUUACGCUGCAGACUUUUGUUCAUUGUGGAUGGCAUGAGCCGAUUCUUGCGGGAGGAACAGAGAUUGCGGGAGCUUCCUGCGGAUCGUGUAAUGCUGGAAAAGUGGCUUUGAUGGCGGCGGGAGCUGUGAUGGUUGCGGGCGUUCUGUGAUGAGAGAUGAGGGUCAAUGUUAGAUUGGGGUGAGUUUGUGGUAAGCGGUUGUUGUUUGGAGGGAUGUGGAUGUGGAUGAAUAGCAAGAUUUUCAUAAAGAGGUAUUGCUGAAUAUCGAGCCGGAUAUUUCGUUUUUGUGCGAAUUAAUGAGAUUUUUGUUAUAUGGGAGGAUUGUUGACCUGCAAUGGAGUCAUAUUGUUUUCGGGUAGAUGGUUACUUAGAUACUAUAUAUGCAAAGCCGGCCGUGUUGGGCCAUGAUAAUACUAAUUAAAUGACA